AUGGCACAGCGAUUCAUCCCCUAUUCCGUUGCUAUGGUGACGCCUUUCACCAAAUCGGGCACUUUGGAUUUGGCAGCAGUUCCUGCUGUUGUCAAGUACUACAUGGAUCAAAAUAUCCCUGGCUUGCUUGUGAGCGGAACAACUGGUGAACAACACUGCAUGACCAUUGCUGAACGCAAGCAAUUGUAUAAUGCUGUGGCCACUACAGCUGCUGGCAAGGUUCAAUUAUACGCUGGUGUUGCAGCUUUCAAAACGGAGGAUGCCAAGGAAUUAGCACAAGCAGCAAGAGAUGCGGGAUUUAAUGGCAUCAUGCUUGGUUUCCCACCAUAUCGGAUCCCAUCGCAACAAGAAGCCGAGCAGUAUGUGGCACAAGUAGCGGCAACGGUCAAAGAAGUACCGAUCUUUUUGUACAACAACCCUCGUCGAAACGGCUUCAAUGUUGAACCAGAAACCUUUGUGCGUAUCGCAAAAUCAGUGGAUAAUGUGUUUGGCCAAAAGGAAGCUGGCUACCCUGAAAAUGUCAACAAGAUGAAGACUGCUUUGAAUGGUGAUAUUGCAAAAUACAGCUUCCUUUCUGGUGACGAUGCAGGUUUUGUCGAUGCAUACAUUAACAAGGGAUAUACAAACAUUACAUCAAUCGCAGGCAAUGUCUAUCCAAGUCAAUUUAAUAGCAUUGUCGACCAUUUGCUCAAGAAGGAGAAUGAUCAAGCCAAGCAGGUCAUGGAUAGCAUUGCCCCUGGUAUUGCUUUGCUUGGUAAGGCUGGCAUGAUUCAAAGCAUCAAGUACAUUUUACGCAAGAAAGGUGUACCUGUUGGAUAUUGCCCACCUCCUAUUAUGGAUGUCAAUGAGGAAACAAAGCAAGCAUUAGAUAAGAUUUUCUUUUAA